AUGAGGUCUUUCUUCUUACUGCUCCUCUCGCUGUUGUUGGUGUCCCACGGAUCUUCAGCCGUAAUCACAGGGGUAAGUGCAGCCAAACAGGUGCAGUGUGGAGGAGGGAUGUGCUGUGCAGUGAGUUUGUGGAUUCGCAGCCUGCGUAUGUGUACGCCCAUGGGACAGGAAGGAGAGGACUGUCAUCCUCUGAGCCACAAGGUUCCCUUCUUUGGCAAAAGGCUUCAUCAUACCUGCCCCUGUUUGCCGAACCUGUCAUGUAUUACCAUCAUGGAAGGCAAAUCCAAAUGUCUCUCCCCCUACAAGUAUCCUGACUUCUACCUCUGA